UAAAACAUUUAUUGUAAGGCUAUAAACUAAUUACACCACAGUCACAUGACUUCAUGUCACAACCACUAGGCUUACGGUGGUCUAUUGUGUCAUUUAGCCACUUAGCCAACUGACUUUUUAAAGGCAUUCAAAAUCUUAAAAAUUCCAGAGAGGGGUAUUUACUGACACAUUUUAUGUUACAUAACAAAACGUUAAAAUCUCCAAAGCUUGUGUUAACCACUGACCUUAUUUCAGGCAUCUAACCAAAAACCCAUUCACAAAUGGUUCCCAUCGACAUCGAGACGAGGGAACCAGAAGUGCGAAAAUGCGAACUCAUUCCUGCGUUUUAGUCCAGAGCAGCAGAAAAACUUAAUAAAACUUAUAUUUCUUCUAUUAUCAAUUACAAUUUUAGAAUAUAAAUGUCUGUUUCUCUCCCUCUCUGCAGUCCACCAGAGUUAGGAUGUCGGUGAACGCGGUGAGGAAACACAGUUCAGAUGAAGAAGUUCAGACUUUGGCCAAAGUUCUCAUCAAGUCCUGAUGAAAUAAAGUUUGCUUAAUAUAAAAGGAGAAGAGCGAUGCAUCAAGCGUGUGGGCUCCGACAGUGAGAUGUUUUGACAGGCAUCAGAAUGUGUAAUGCAGGUGUGUCCUCAAAGCUUCUUCUCGCCGGUUUGUUUUGUGGCUCGUCCUGCAGACGGUGUAGAGGGGAAGUCGGAUGAAAAGGAGAAGAAGAAAGAAGGCUCCUCCGUGAGGUCAUCGUCCACCUCCAAGGACUCCGGCAACAGCGAGAAAAGCAGUAAGAAGUCAGGGGAGUCCCCCACCACACCCUCCAUGCCCACAACACCCACCUCACCCUCCAUGCCAACUACACCCACCUCCCCCACUACCCCAACCCUACCCCCUCAGGUCGCCUAA